AUGGCUCCAAUUAAAUUGCAUGCUGACUACAGGUCGCAACCAUCAAGGGCUGUUGGGGUGAUGUUGAUGAUGAAUAAAGACAAAAUUGAUUACGAGUUUGUCUUGCAAGCAUUUGAAAGAACUCCUGAGGAGAGAGCAAAAUAUCAGAAGGAGAUCAGUCCAUUCGGCACAGUUCCUGCGCUGGAAGUAGAUGGCCUGCCUACCAUCCUUGAAAGCUCUGCAGCCCUGCAGUACCUGGCAGAGUUAGAUGGCGUUCCCGAGCACUGGUACCCAAAAAGUGCUAAAGGGAGAAUGCUUGUGAACCAAUAUAUCAGCUGGCAUGGCCCUAAUAUGAGGAAAAAUGCAUCUGGAUAUCUAGAGGCUUAUUUUAUGGAACCAUUUUUCAUGAAGAAAACCUGCCCUGAAGAUGAACUUGAAGAAAUCAAGGAAGGCUUUGAGAAAAUGAUGGACAGGCUGGAAAACUAUUGGCUGAAAGAUUCUGAAUAUUUGGCUGGUGAUGAGAUUUCCAUUGCUGAUCUGCAAUGUAUAUCAGAACUGGUCAAUGUGGAGCCCACUGAUAUAGAUAUGGGCAAGGAAAGGAGGCCUAAGAUGGCAGCAUAUAUACAACGUGUCAAGGAUAAACUGAGCCCUGUUUAUGAUACUGUGUUUAAAGAUCCCAUGGAACAGUUUGGAAUGGGUUUCAAGAUGUUUCAAAGAUCCAAACAGCUGCAAAAUGUUACAAAACUAUAACAAUUCUUACUGACAACCAUAAAUUUUGUCAAUUUGAAGCAAGCUGAAAAAACAUUUAUACCUUUUUUAACAAUCAAUUCAACAUGUUUUUCAACAUAGUAACAGACAUUGGCAGAAAUGUGUUGGGACUCAUAAACGGUUUAUACAAUUACAUGUUGAUGGUAAUAAAUCAAAGUCAGACUGAACAGAAAUUGAACAAAAAAAGUUGGAGACAGUAUUACAAAAAAUAUCACCACUCCUGGUGGUGCCAUAAAAAUUAAUAUGUAAAGCUUGAAAAAGACUUACCAUUUGUAGCCACAGAUACGUUCCAGGUCUUCCUUUAUCUUAGUUGGUGUGAUCUUCCCUUGCAUGUCUUUGCCACAACAGGAUAUAAAUACAUCUGAAACAAGAAUGCACAUAUGGCAACAUUAGGAAAACACAUAACAUACCUGAUCCCUACAUUAAAGUAAAAUAUCAGUUUCCCUUUGUUAAUAAUUUUGAAUAUAAAGAAAUGGGAGAGCACUCUAUACUGAAAUAGAAGAUGGCAGAGAGAAAUUCCCAUUUUACUUAAGGCUUAGGAUUAGGAUCAAAAUAUCCCCUGCUAUCUUCCAUUGUGGUACAGAAAAUCAUUAGCCAUCAAGAAAUACCUGCAUCUAAAUCUUUUUUCAUAUCUUUCAAUGUAUUGUCUGUAAUGGCAAGCUGCAUGUCAUAGUCGUUCCCAGAAUCAGGAGGCAUUGUGGCUGAAAAUGAUGAGUAAAACAAUGAAAUAUUUGAGAAUGCAUUUGUUUUGUAUACUUGAUGAGUGAUAUAGAUGACUAAAUAACAUGUAAAUUAACUAGUAAUGACACUGUAUGAUGUUGCACAUGUACACUGGAGAAAUGUGUAGACAGAAUAGAAGGGGAUAUCACAGUAACAAAGUAAGAUUAAGAAAGGGAGGGGUGUAAAGUGAAACAUAUACAUACCAUGUAAAUCAAUGAGUGACACUGUAUGGAAUGAUGUCGUACAUUGGAGAAAUGGAGCUUGAAGCUCUGAUGCACGGCGCACUGUUGACCUCGCCAUAAGAAAGGGAUCCUUAGAAU